CUUAUGAUGUGCUAACCUAUCACAGAGGUCCGGGUAGAGGCCAUAAUAUACAUGUUGUGGAUUACCGUGAAAAGAGAUGCUCAUGUGGAAAGUGGCAGACCUGGAGAAUGCCUUGCUCUCACGCUGUUGCGGUGCUGAGAGAACGCAGUGAUGCCAUCUUUAGUCAUGUUGAUACACGAUACCACACAGAUGUUUGGAUUCACCAGUACGCAGCUGCGUUCCGUCCACUGAGACACCAAGAUUAUUGGUAUGAACCUGACUGGACACUGGAAUGUUCACCAGCACGGCUACUUCCUCGUUCACGUGGGCGGUACAACAGAAGCAUGAUACACAACCAAAUGGAUGAGCGCGAAGAAGAUGCGCCAAGAGCUCCUCCUCGAUGCCGCCUUUGUGGAGAGACCGGCCAUAAUAUAAGAAAGUGCACUUUAGGACGUGUUGUGUAG